CAUUGCACUACCUUUUUUAUUUUACUUUGUCAAUAACAGCACAUUAUACGAUGCGAUAGCAUGCUUGCCACAUGACCCGCAGAAAUGAAUUACCAGUCUGGUGAAAUGUCGUCAUACUUGCUGUCCGUACACGACGUAUGUGCGAUGCAUACAUGAAAUCCCAUAUCAUUUGCAGGAGCAAAUUGCCUUUUUCGUAAGGGAGAGCAUUUAUCUCUCUCACAUAUCUAUCACCUCGAUCCCCUUCCCUUCUCUCUCUCUCUACCAUCCCCCUUUCUUUCCUCCUCCUCCUUACUUUUAUUUUUUUUUUUGAGAGAAAAAUAUGCCUUCAAUGUCAUCGCAUGCAACGACCACACUAAUGUUGGUCAUUGGCAUGCUUGUGUCUGGUGUAUGCAACACCAUCCUGAACAAAUACCAAGACAUGCAAUGUGUCGAGUUUUGUAAUGAUCCUGAUCCGUCCAAACGACGCUACUUUGAACAGCCUGUAUGGCAGACCCUCAACAUGUUUGUAGGUGAAACGGCUGUGAUGCUUGUCCAUUUAUAUCAAGUCUUUGAACGUCGACGUCAGGCCAUGGCUGCCGUUCCACCCUCUGCAGCAAACCAAUUGGAUGCUGCAAGACUGGUCGAUGAUGUGGAUCAUCAAGUAGACAAGCAACAGCAUCGCGAGCCUCUCAAGGGCACCAAGGCGCUCCUCUUUUGGAUACCCACGCUUUGCGAUAUGACCGCUACCACGAUCAUGAAUGUGGGUCUGCUAUUUACCUCUGCCAGCGUAUACCAAAUGCUCCGUGGAUCAGUUGUCAUCUUUACUGGUAUUUUCAGUUACUUUUUCCUCAACCGCCGACUGCGUCUCUUUGAAUGGGUCGCCCUAGGCAUGGUCGUGAGCGGCGUUGCCAUUGUUGGCCUUUCCUCCUUGAUCUUUCCACAAAACAAACCGUCCGACACGACAAACAACAGCCAAGAAGACCCGCCAUUCGAUGUCAUGUCUCUUGUCGGCGUCGUUCUUGUCCUUGGCGCCCAACUGUUCACUGCAUCCCAAUUUGUGAUUGAAGAGAAGAUUUUGCAUCGGUAUCACGUCACGCCGGUCAAGGCGGUCGGAUUAGAAGGCUCGUUUGGUCUUGUGUCGGUCCUGGGUGCGUUGCCGUUCCUGCACGUGUUCUUUGGGGAUCGUCACGAGGCGUUUGAUAUAGAAAAGGGCUUCCAUGACUUUUUUGAUGUCCCCGGCGUUUGGCAAACCGGUAUUGCUAUUGCAUUCUCCAUUGCCUUUUUCAACUGGUUUGGAUUGGCUAUCACGCGUCGUAUUUCGGCGACAGCAAGAAGUACCAUUGAUACGUGCAGAACGCUGUUUAUCUGGAUGGUGUCCUUGUAUCUUGGCUGGGAACAGUUCUCAUGGAUCCAGGUGAUUGGUUUUGCCGUCAUGGUCUUAGGCACCUUUUACUUUAACGGCGUGAUUCGUUAUCCUUUCGCAUCUGACGAAGAGUUGGCACGCCAGGCCGAGCAUGAACGUGCGCCUUUGUUGCAACAGUCGACUGAUGGUCGUGACUCCUCCUCCGAGUAUCGUGAUUAGAUUCUUUCUGUGUUCCUCCCUCAUCCUUCCUUUGUUCAUUUCCUGUUAUUCCAUUAUUGCUUGUUUUAUUUUGUUUUUGUUUUUAUUUCAGUUUUACGGGCUUUGUGCUUGAAUAUACAUACACACACAUACACACACUCCCUCUUUCUCCUUUGUUUGUGGAGCAGCGAUGAAAUCAUAGUAGAAUGAGGGUAGGAGGGGAUGGUUACAUAUGUUUGACAACAUUUUUGGUUCUUGCCUCAUCCUCAGUACCAAUUGUACUACUUGGAAAAGUAAGCACUUGAUUGCAAAUGUCAAGACCGGGAUAAAUUGGGCUCUGGAGACAACCAUUAUCCGAUCGGGUGUAUCUUUAUAGAGUGUGCUUCCCGAAUCCAAGAAGCCAUUCUAUGGAGAUUUACUUUCCGAUAAUACCCACACAAGUGUACACUUGCUGUGAUACUUUGA